AUGAAAAUAUUGUACAAAAGCGUCGACAAUGCCUCAUUUCGUGAGCGAAAAAUCAUGAACGUUAUAGAAGAUGAUACUUAUUAUAACAAUAUUUUCGACGACGGCGGCAGCCAAUACAGCCUCACCGGUUUUGCCCUUCCUCCUCUCGGCGGACUUGGCCCCCUAAAACCUAAACUCCGCCGCUUCAUUAUCUCCCCUAAUAACUAUUAUUACAGACGGUGGCAAUCGUUUUUGGCGGCGUUGGUUUUUUACUCUGCAUGGGUUUCACCGUUCGAAUUAGGGUUCUUGAGUGAACCUUCGAUGUUUCUUUCUAUAGCUGAUAAUGUUGUGAAUGGUUUAUUUUUCGUUGAUAUUGGAUUAACCUUCUUUGUUGCUUACCAUGACAAGUCUACCUAUUUGUUUGAGGAUAGAUUCGGGCGAAUUGCGUGUAGAUAUCUCAGAUCAUGGUUCCUAUUGGAUGUAGUUUCUUCCAUUCCUUAUGAGGCUGUUCGCGAAAUCAUUCAUCAAAAUGUCAAAACUUAUGGCUACUUCAGUUUGCUUCGCCUCUGGCGUCUCCGUAGAGUCGGUUCCAUGUUUGCAAGAUUAGAGAAAGACAGACAUUAUAACUACUUCUGGCUGCGGUGUGCAAAGCUUGCAUGUGUUACUUUAUUUGUAACACAUUUUGCUGCCUGCUUUUACUUCUUGAUUGCGGAUACUUAUGUUAAAGACCGAAGCACAACAUGGCUUGCGCUUAUUCCUGAUGUGGAUAACCAGAGUACCAUGGCUCUAUACAUAAUAUCAUUAUACUGGUCCAUAUUCACACUUUCAUCGGUUGGUUAUGGUGAUGUGCAUCCUGUAAAUAAAUGGGAGAUGUUAUAUUGCUUUGUGUAUUGCCUCGUUAAUGUUGGAUUUGGCUCAUACCUCAUUGGAAACAUGACAAAUUUAGUUGUUCACUCCACAAGAAGAACUAUGAAAUAUAGGGACACAGUGCAAGCUGCCACAAAAUUUGCCCACCGGAAUAGAGUACCUGUCCGCUUGGAAGAACAGAUGCUUUCUCAUUUGCUUAUGAAGUACAAAACUGAUUUAGAAGGGGUACAGCAACAAGAGAUUAUUGAUUCCCUUCCAAAAGCUAUUCGAUCUAGUAUCUCGUAUUGCUUAUUCUAUAAACUGAUGGACGGAGUAUACUUGUUUGAUGGAGUGUCAAAAGACCUAAUUUUUCAAUUGGUCACGGAGAUGAAGGCGGAGUAUAUUCCUCCAAAGCAAGACGUGAUUAUGGAAAAUGAAGCACCAGCAGACUUUUAUCUCUUUGUCACCGGUGGUGCAGAACUUAUCAAACUUGAGAAUGGAGUAGAAAAUGUUGUUGGCGAGGUAAAUGCAGGAGAGUUAGUUGGCGAAAUAGGAGUUCUAUGUUACAGGCCGCAUCCAUAUACUGCCCGGGCUAAACGAUUGAGCCAAGUUUUGCGCUUAAGUCGUACUGUGUUUCUAAAUCUUAUUAAUUCAAGUGUUGGAGAUGGGACAGUAAUCAUGAACAACUUUCUCAAUCAUUUGCAAGCUUCCACCAUUCCCGGGAUGGAUGUUAUUUUCGUAGAAACACAGGCCAUGUUGGCACGUGGUAAAACGGAUCUGCCUAUUGGCACAUACUUUGCAGCAAUCAGAAAUGACAAUAAAAUGUUAGAGUUGUUGCUGAGGAAUGGCUCUGAUCUAACUGAAGCAGACAGGAAUGGAAGGACAGCGAUGCAUGUGGCAACUUCUAGUGGAAAUGAGCAUGGUGUAACUUUGCUUCUAAAGUUUGGUGCUGAUCCAAAUAUCAAAGAUUUGGAUGGAAAUAUCCCACUAUGGGAAGCGAUGAUUGGUGGACAUAAAUCUGUCGAGAAAAUUCUCAUAAAAUAUGGUGCAAGCUUAUUUUGUGCCGAAGCAGGGUAUUUAGCAUACUCUGCAGCUGAGAGAAAUAGCAUUGAAUUGCUUAAGGAACUCAUAGAACUUGGCGUGGAUGUGUCAAAACCCAACAAGCAUGGAGGAAGCACUGCCCUACACGCAGCAGUAAGUGAAGGCAAUACCGAGAUGGUGAGGCUACUUUUAGACCAAGGAGCUGACGUUGACAAAAAAGAUGGCGUUGGCUGGACUCCACGGGGUUUGGCAGAUCAUCAAGGCCACGAAGAAAUUAUAUUGAUAUUCCAAAAUAUUAAAGAGAAAAAAGAAGAAGUAUCUGAUGUUCCAAUACCAGAAAAUGGUACGCCUAAUGUGCCUUACAGGGGAAAGUUUCAAAGUCAACCUGUUAUGCCUGCUGUUCUUGGAUCCAAAAAAAGCAGCUUGCUACCUCGACCUACUCCUGUUCUUGGAUCCCAAGAAAGCUUGCUAUUGUCAUCUACUCAUGACGAGUUGCCAUGGCUAGAUAGUCAUCGAAGGCAAAGGGCGAACACCUUUCGUAAUUCAAUUUUCGGGAUGAUCGCUGCUGCCAAUCGUAGUAAGAAAGGUUUUAAGGUAUCUGAAAGCAUCAUCGCUAAUACCGAGAACGUGCAUGGAUUAGUAGCUAGAGUGACACUUAGUUGUCCUGAAAUAGGUGAACAUGGUGGAAAGCUUUCUUUUCUGCCCAAGUCCCUUAAAGAACUGCUAGACAUUGGUGCCAAAAAGUUUAACAUCUCACCCACCAAAAUUUUGAAUAAAGAAGGAGCUUUAAUUGACGAUAUAGAUCUUAUAAAAGAUGGUGAUCACCUUAUUAUUGCUAGUGACUGA